AUGGGAAAACAAUGUCAGGGUCUGUCUCUUCCUGACUUCAUUGAGCUAGAAAUACCAGGUGAACGAGUGCUUUGUUUUCAUGGACCUCUCCUUUAUGAAGCAAAGUGUGUAAAGGUUGCCAUAAAGGACAAGCAAGUGAAAUACUUUAUCCAUUACAGUGGUUGGAAUAAAAACUGGGAUGAAUGGGUUCCAGAAAGCAGAGUGCUCAAGUACGUGGAUACCAAUCUGCAGAAACAAAAAGAACUUCAAAAGGCCAACCAGGAACAAUAUGCAGAGGGGAAGAUGAGAGGUGCUGCUCCAGGCAAGAAGACUUCUGGUCUGCAGCAGAAAAAUGUUGAAGUAUUUUUCAGACGAGAUGGAGCGCACACAGUUUGCUGUUUGGAGACCCCUACCAUAUCGACGCGGAAAACAAAAAAGAACAAACAGAAAACUCCAGGAAUUGGAGAGGGGAGCAGUACCAGUGAGACUCCUCAGCCUCCCAGAAAGAAGAGGGCUCGAGUAGAUCCAACAGUUGAAAGUGAAGAAACAUUUAUGAACAGAGUUGAAGUAAAGGUGAAAAUCCCAGAAGAGCUGAAGCCAUGGCUGGUAGAUGACUGGGACUUGAUCACCAGGCAAAAGCAGCUCUUCUAUCUUCCUGCCAAGAAAAAUGUUGACUCCAUUUUAGAGGAUUAUGCAAACUACAAAAAAUCACGAGGAAAUACUGAUAACAAGGAGUAUGCAGUCAAUGAAGUUGUGGCUGGAAUUAAAGAAUACUUCAAUGUCAUGCUGGGAACUCAACUACUCUACAAGUUUGAGAGGCCCCAAUAUGCUGAAAUCUUAGCAGAUCACCCAGAUGCUCCAAUGUCCCAAGUUUAUGGUGCCCCACACCUACUGAGGUUAUUUGUGCGCAUCGGAGCCAUGCUGGCCUACACCCCUCUGGAUGAGAAGAGCCUGGCUUUGCUCUUAAACUAUUUGCAUGACUUCUUAAAGUAUUUAGCAAAGAACUCCUCUGCAUUGUUCAGUGCCAGUGACUAUGAAGUGGCCCCCCCUGAGUAUCACCGGAAGGCGGUGUGAGGUGUCACCUGACGCCUGGGGCUUGUGAUGCUGUCUUCUACACCUUGUUCUUCACCUUUCUAUUGCACAUGUCUCUAUUGCACAAAUGAUGUAAACAUAAAGUGAAUAAAGUUGUGUGUU